ACGUUUAAGUGAUUCAGACAAAACGUUCAGAUGAUUUGGAUUGUUUGAGAGUACCAGGAUGUUAUGGUUCCUUAUGAUUACAUAUUACAUAACAGAUUUCACUUCAUCUCAAUCAGAUCUCUGUUCCAAAGUACUUACGAUAGAUUGUGAUGGUCAGUAUGUGUCAUCUAAAGAUGAGUCUGUAUGUGCGUCAGACUUUGUCACUUAUAAAACUUGUUGUCAUUUUGCACAGGCCAAAUGUCGAGAUGGACAAAUAGUGAUUAUAUAUGACGGACCUUGCUCAAAAACAACAGAUAUGUCAAAUGUAACUUUUGCUCGAACUUGUGGCACUUUUCGACCACCUGUAGAGAUUACUACAACUAGCACAGCAACGUCCAGUAUUAAAACAACAUCAACUUUAGAUAAUGAUCCAUUUGAUCAAUUGUUUUGUUCUGGAAUAAACAGUGGUGCUAUAACAUGUCCAGACACACUAGAUCCUUACUGUGGGACUGAUGGUAAAUUCUAUCUCAAUAAGUGUUAUUUCCAAACAGCCAGGUGUACAAAUCCGAGUUUAUCAAUACAACCAAUAGGAUUGUGCAAAGGACCCACGCCUACGCCAGUAGGGUAGCAAAUUAUUGUCGCAAAUUAUGCUUAAUACAGCUUUGAUUAAAAUCGGAUAUGUAUAUUAUUCUACCAGUCGUUUAUGAAGUGAAGCAUACUGUUGGUAGCACAGACAUCUGCGUUUGCAUAUGGGCGUCAAUUAGAAAAUAAAUAAAGCUUCUGGGUAUGAUAAAAAACAUACUGAGUAAAAAAGUUUAGCAAUAAUUAUUUUUAUUUCAUCUUUCAAAAAUAGAUUAUUCUUCUAAACAUGACAAUCAACAAAUUAUUAUUUAAAAAUAAACAAAAAACCACA